AUGGGCACCCUCAGCUGCGACCCCGCCCUGCGGCCGACCUCUGCGGCCCCGGGCCGGCGGGCCACCGAAUGUCAGAUCCCUGAGACAGGCCUGCGGAAGUCUCCUGGAGCGGCCGCCCUGGAGACCGGUGCUGGGCCCGGCUUGUCCACCCGUCCUCCCACCAUCGGCUACGCCCAGCAUGAGUGCACCAGAGUGGCUGGCCCCACAUGCUCCCCGGUCCGGAGGCCCAGCGAGGCCCUCCUGGAGGACAGCAGCCCGGGACCCAUCUACUUCCUGGACCCGAAAGUGACGCGUUUUGGCCGCAGCUGCACCCCUGCCUACUCCAUGCAGGGCCGUCGUAAGUGUCGGGGUUUGGAGGUGACGCCGGGACCCGGAGCCUACAGCCCAGAGAAGGUGCCCCCCGUGCGUCAGCGGACGUCCCCGGCUUUCACGCUGGGCCCUCGCCUGCGCCCGCAGCCCCUGGACACCUCGAUCCCAGCGCCCAAUGCCUACACUCUGCCCUCCCUGUGGGGGCCCCAGGUCUUCAUCAAACCCAGGAGCCCCAGCUACACGGUGGUGGGCCGCACGCCCCCGAUCCGGCCCCCGCAGGACCCUGCGGAGAUUCCAGGCCCGGGCCAGUACAACAGCCCGGACCCCAAUGCCUAUCUGCUCCGCAGGCCGGCCUUCACCAUGCCGGGGCGGCCUCGAGCCCCGCGCCCUCCCGACGCCACGCCGGGCCCCGGCACCCACAGCCCCGAGCAGGUCACUGUGCACAAGGCCAGGGCCCCCGCCUUCACCAUGGGCAUCCGCCACUCCAAGCGGGCGACCAUCAUGGCUGCUGACGCCACACCCUGA